AUGGCGGCUACAAGAUUCAAUCAACCCGAACUUCGCAGACCGACGAGUUCUCCGAGGCCGAAAGGACGUGAAAACGCAAAGGAUACACUAUGUCGAAAUGUUCUGAUAUAUGGGCAUUGCCGUUAUGAGGAUCAAGGUUGUGCCUUUAAUCAUGAUCCUAACAAGGGACUUGGAGGAAUAAUCGAUCAUCUAAGUCGAUCACAAAGAAUGGAUGAUUCAUGGCAGAAGCCAUGGUUGGUCAAAAACCGAAAGAAAAAUACAGUCUUUCAAAAACAACGCAUUAGCCCCAUAAAAAGUCCUCGCAAAAGAGUUCGGAAAGAUACAAACACUUCGGGCUCGACAGACUAUUCCCCAACCAGCAGUCAGACAGACUUCAAUCAUUCUUCAAUCAAUCCGCAACAACAAAGUCGUCUUGCAAUACCUUAUCACCGUGGAGAUUUGAGAUCGAAUGAGAGGCCAGAACAAAAACUUCCACUGUCGAAUACUAACUUUAACGAUGAUAGGCCAAAGAAAGUAUUGAACGUAGAUUCGCCUUCUUUCACACCAGCAACAAUAUCCUCAUCCAAUAAAGGAGCAUCUUCAAUAACUUCACAAGCUGCAAAUGCGGCACCAUUCACUCCUCGAGGACUCACGAGUGGGACCGCUACACCAAAUGCACCACUUGACCCAGAGAUACCUCAAUUUAAUCCCACACAGAGGGACUUUACUCCACAGAACUAUGAUCUCUCUCAGACUCUACCCACCAACGGUGCCACACCUGAAGCUACUUAUGAUCCUUUCUCGAUGGGAAAUGUCUCUCAAGCGAUUCCCACCACUUUUCAAAACCACUAUUCUGAAGACCUUGGCAUUUUAGCAGGACCAGGUGUAGCAGGUGGAGGAACAGGUGGAACCUACUUUCAAGGACAACCAAGCUAUAAUUCCCAGCCUUUAAAUUACCACAACUACGCCCCGAUUGGUCCACAUACGGAAAAUUUGAUGCCAUAUCAAAAAUCUAUCCAUGAUCUUUUCCUAUCCGACCGGCUUCGUGAAGAGCUUCAAAGAAAGUCUGAAGCAGCUCAUCAAGUAAUGCCAAAUGCCCUUCCGCACAUUGGUACAUCACCGAACUCAUACUAUUCUCUCGUCGCUCUAGACACAACUCAGAAUAGGAGCACCGCUGUUUUUGGCUGCACAAGUUGGGUAUAUAAAGCGCGUUCAGAAAGGGAUGACAAAUAUUACUGCUUGAGACGACUAGAAGGUUAUACUCUUGCCAAUGAUAAAGCCAUUCGAGCCAUCAAGAAAUGGAAUGAAGUCAAUAGUGCGGGUGUAGUAUCAUUCAUUGAUGCUUUUACCACACGACAAUUCAAAGAUGGUAGUUCAUUAAUCAUUGUCACAAAUUACCACCCACUUUCAAAAACUCUUUUAGAACUUCACUUUUCCACCGCAACUACAAGCCGUUAUAGAAAUCAACUUCCUCGGAUAUCUGAAGACAUUCUUUGGUCAUACAUUGUACAAAUCACAGUUGCAAUCAAGGCUGUUCAUCAGGCUAAUUUUGCUGUACGAUGUAUGCAUUUGAGUAAAGUUAUUCUUACAGACAAAAAUCGAAUUCGUCUUAAUGCAUGUCCUAUCUUCGACAUCUUACAUUACGACCAACGUCGGGACAUCAAGGAACUUCAAUAUGAAGAUUUACAUUUAUUCGGCAUACUUAUGUUAUCCUUAGCCACAGUCAAUGCAUCAAUUACACCUCAAACCAACCCUCAAAUUUUGCAAACCAACAUUGAUAGCCUUAGUCGAAUCUACUCUGCAGAACUUGUCGAUACAAUAACAUGGCUUCUCACAACGCCUUCUUCCCCGGAGACUAAAGACUUACAAACUUUCAUGCGAGGAAUCUCCGGCCGUAUGGCCACUGCCUUCGAUAGCUCCCUCCAAGCCAAUGACGAAUUAACCUCCGACCUGUAUCGUGAGCUCGAGAAUGGUCGACUCGUUCGCUUAAUGGCUAAACUUGGCAAUGUUAAUGAAAGACCAGAAUAUGAAAAUAACCCUCAAUGGAGCGAAACCGGAAAUCAAUAUACUUUGAAACUAUUCAGAGAUUAUGUGUUUCAUUCGGUUGAUCCGGAAGGAAGACCAGUUACGGAUAUGGCGUGGAUUUUAAAGUGUUUGAAUAAAUUAGAUGCGGGGAGUGAUGAGAAGAUUCAAUUGACGAGUAGAGAUGGAGAAAAUUGCUUUAUUGUUAGUUUCAAGGAGCUUAAGAAACAAGUCAAUACUGCUUGGGGGGAUUUGCAGAAGUCGGGGAAGAGAUUUUAG